UAUGACAGUUCAGUGGCGUCAAGCAACAGUCUAACGAGCACGUCAACUACGCAGACGUCGACUGCCAAAGUUACCACCACAACAGUUAGUGGAGGUAACGCUGUGAGCAACGCGAGCGCGGCAGGACUGGGCGCGGCGGCGGGCGCGGGCGCAGGUGCGGGCGCGGGCGCGGCGGUGUACGCGGGCGGCGCACUCUACGGCGCUGCAGGAGCUCCCACUGCAUACACAUACGAUGACCAGCUGAUGCGCGGCGCGUUGCCGCAUCAUAUGGGUGGAUACUACGAGACUGGAUAUGUAGCGCGCGAGGGCACCUUCGGUCUGGGCGGCGGAGAGAGGUUCGGCAGGACGGACGCCGCCUCACCACAACAG